AAUUCACUUUUCUAGGGUUUUCGAUUUUGUGUAUUUCACAAUUCACAAAACCCAAAAAUCUGGGUUAAACAAUUUGGUUAUGGAUUCUCGAGAUUCGUUAUCAUCCGACGCCGCUAGAGAUUCGUCGUCACUCUCCGAAGACGCAGCUGUUCUUUCUGUAACCUCUGCACUCGCUAAAACCGCUCUCUCUUAUUUCCAAUCUGGAAAAUUCGAAGAGUGUUUCGACAUUCUGAUUCAGCUUGAUCAAAAGAAACAUAACGAUCCCAAGGUUCUUCACAAUAUGGCAAUUGCUGAGUAUUUCAAGGAUGGUUGCUCAAAUUCCGAGAAACUGGUGCAAGGGCUUAACCGUGUCAAGAAACAGAGUGAAGAACUUGCUUCUGCAGCAAGAGACCAAGUGGAAGCUGCAAACCCUGGAACUAACGCAUCUGUGUCAAAGGAUCAUUUUGAUAGUACAGUAACAACUCUCAACAUUGCAGUUACCUGGUUUCAUCUGCAUGACUAUUCAAAAUCUUUUUCCAUUCUAGAACCCUUGUUUCAAAAUAUUCAGCGGCUAGACGAGACAAUCGCACUUCAAAUCUGCUUCUUGUUGCUGGAUAUUGCACUGGCUUGUCGUGAUGCUGUAAAAUUUUUGGCUGUGUUUGACUAUAUGGAGAAAGCUUUUGGUGUUGGUUUUGGAAGUCACGAAGAAAAUGGAAGCACAAUGCAACUUUCUUCAAAUCAGGUUUCCAAGACAUCUUCUCUCCUGAGCAGCUCGCUGGCGUCAGAUACUUUGAAGUCCGAGUUAACAGCCGCUGAAAGUAGUCUGUGUGAGGAAACUCUAGACUAUGACAAUGUGCUAGCAGAAUUUGAGGCAGAGAAACGAAUGAAGCCAGUUGGCCAUAUUCCGGCAAACAAUCUUCUCAAGACAUUAAGCGAAAGGACGUUCUCGAAUGCCGAUCUGAAGCUUGAGUUGCAGCUUUACAAGGUCAGGUUUUUGCUUCUUACCAGAAACUUGAAAAUGGCGAAGCGUGAAGUCAAACAUGCAAUGAACAUUGCUCAAAAAAGGGACUCUUCUAUGGCUCUCCUCUUGAAAUCCCAGCUUGAGUAUGCUCAUGGGAAUCAUCCAAAGGCUAUAAAGCUUUUGGUUGUCUCCGGUAUUCAUAAAGAAGCAGGGACUUCAGGAAUCUUCAAAAACAACCUUGGUUGCAUAUACUAUCAGCUUGGAAAUUAUCAAGCUUCCUCUGUGUUAUUCUUAAAAGCUCUAAGGAGCUGUUCAUCACUUAGAAGAAACGAGAAACCAGUGAAGCCGUUUUCUCUCUCACAGGAUAAGUCUUUGUUGAUCAUAUACAACUGCGGGUUGGUUUAUUUGGCUUUGGGGAAGCCUCUACUUGCUGCUCAAUGUUUCCAGAAGGCAAGCGUAGUUUUCUGGAGACAACCCCUCAUUUGGCUCCGUUUAGCUGAAUGCUGUAUGAUGGCUUUACGAAAGGGUCUUUUGGAAGAGCGAACUACUUCUUUGGAUAGAUCAGAAAUCAGAGUCAGUGUAGUUGGGAAAGGGAAUCGGAGACAACUUAUGAUUGAAGAAAAUGGAUAUGUUGAACUUGCUGGCAAUAGUCAAUUGUCAAAGCUUUCAUUACCACUAGCUCGGGUCUGUCUCUCAAAUGGUAUAUAUCUGCUCAAUGAGUCUCUCUCGAAUGAUUCUAAAUCAGAUCUUGGAUCAACAUUCUCUGUGGGGAUGAAUGAGACCAAAGAAGCAUCAUCCUCUGAUCAUGAGGAAGCUAACACGAACUCAGACUUGAAAGAGGCAAAAGGAGGAAUGAGCCAGGACAUAAUUCAAAACUCACUCUCGGCUUUCAAGGAUAUGUGUAGUAAAGAAAAGCAGUUGAUGCAACAGGCUCUUUUUGCCAAUAUGGCAUACGUAGAAUUGGAGUUGGAGAAUCCUGUCAAAGCCUUGUCAGCUGCUACUUCACUCUUGCAACUUACAGAUUGUUCAAAGAUUUAUGUUUUCCUAGGCCAUAUCUAUGCAGCGGAGGCCCUCUGCUUGCUCAAUCGACCCAUUGAAGCUGGCGCACAUUUAUCUGCCUAUUUAGUCGGACAGGAUGAUUUCAGACUGCCAUACGCACAAGAAGACUUUGACCAGUGGUGGAAGCACACAAGCUCUGAUUGUGAAGAGACAUUGGAUCCGUCCACAGGAAAUGCCCGGGAAUCUGUUUUUCUUAAGCCAGAAGAAGCUCGUGGAGCACUUUUCGCAGACCUUGCUGCGCUGCUUGCCACACAAGGACAUCACGACCAGGCAAAACCUUUGAUUACACACGCAUUAACUCUCUUACCGAACAAUGUACAAGCUACAGUUACAGCAGUCUACAUCGAUCUCAUGUUGGGUAGGUCGCAAGAUGCCCUUGCUCGAAAUCUGACCACAAUAAUGGCGAAUAACGAAGAACUCUCUGAAGAUUCAAACUCCAAUGGACUAGACUCGUUUGAUGCUGUAAAACAACGUUUCAAAGAUCGAUCAAAGAAAGUUGUUCAGACAAGAGAGUUGUUGUCUAAACAAGCGGUACAAACGCGUGAGAUCUUAUCGAAACAAGCCGUUAAGAUCGCUAAACAAGCCGAAGAACAUGAGAGAUUCAUCAAUAAGGUGACACAUCUUGUUGGAGUGCUUGGAUUUGGAGGUUUUUGUUUCCUACUUGGUGCAAGACCUCAGGACAUUCCUUUAGUUUACUGUUUCUUCUAUGUGAUCUUUGUUCCUCUUCGAUGGAUAUAUUACCGGUUUAAGAAAUGGCAUUAUUAUCUUCUGGACUUUUGCUACUACGCCAACACAAUCUUCUUGGUUGAUCUUCUUCUAUAUCCUAAGAAUGAAAAGCUUUUCAUGGUUUGCUUUUCCUUUGCUGAGGGACCAUUGGCAUGGGCGAUUAUUGUCUGGCGUUGCAGUCUGGUUUUUAGUUCGCUGGAUAAGAUUGUUAGUGUUCUUAUACAUCUCUUACCUGGGCUUGUGUUCUUCACAAUUAGGUGGUGGAAUCCAGCGACCUUUGCAGCUAUGCACCCUGUAGGCACUGAUCGUAGGGUUUCAUGGCCUUAUGUGGAAGACAAAGCUUACCUAUUUACAUGGCUGUUUCUUAUCCCCUUGGUCGUUUAUUCUCUUUGGCAAGUGCUCUAUUUUCUAAUCGUCAAUGUCUUGCGUAGGCAGAGACUCCUAAGAGAUCCUGAAGUUAUGACUUCUUACAGAGAGCUGUCGAAGAAAGCUGAAAAAGCAAACAAUAAGUUGUGGCAGCUGAGCGGUCUGCUAGGGGAUCAGAACCGUAUAUGGAUGUACAUCCUAUUCCAGGCCAUCUUCACAGUGGCAACCAUGGCAUUGACCGUACCGAUCUUCCUAUCUUAUAGACUGCAUGUAAUCUUUCAAAUCCUGAAGAUUUCUGCGGCAGUGUGGAACGGAGGGAGUUUUUUACUAGAGGUAAUGCCACGGCAAGUGAUCCAGAAAGAGAAGAAGAAGAAAGCAGAGAUGCAGCCGAUAGAGGAGCAGAUACCACACCAUGAACCUGUGUCACCUCCAACUGAGAAUGAGCCAAAAUCUACUGAAACAUGAUGAUGGUUGUAACAGAAAGGUACAUGUAAAAUAAAGUUUUCAAAGGUGAAUCAUGAUUGGUCUUUUUUUUUGUUCCUCAUGUUUUGUUCUAUAACGGUUUGUUUCUUUUGUUGGUAUACAUCAUUCUAAAAGCUUAAUGUGAAUGAUCUUGUAGUUACCUUUUCUAAAGAAACUUGUUAUUUACUU